AUGGCGGACUCCAAUUUCCCGCGGUUCACGGCAAUCAUCGUCGGCGGCAGUCUAGUCGGCCUGACAACAGCGUUGGCACUGGAAAAAGCUGGGAUCAACUAUGUCCUGUUGGAGAAGGGGGAUAUUGCGCCACAUCUGGGUGCGUCUAUAUCCAUACACCCACACACUCAGAGAGUAAUGGAACAGCUUGGUGUAUGGCCUGAGAUCAAAGCCACUGCUGUGCCGCUGGACAUACGGAAGCACUAUGACAGAAAGGGCAAGUUGUUUGAGGACUCUUCAAUCCUGCAAGAAAUCUCAAAGAUGACCUCUCAACGAUGGACUACCUUUAUAGAGCGAAGAUUUAUGCUCAGUUGUAUCUAUAACCAAAUUGAGGACAAGUCUCAUGUUCGGACCCAAACCUGCGUGGCUUCAUUCACCGAGACAGAAGACGGCGUUGAGGUGAUCACAGACAAAGGUGAAACCGUUAAAGGAGACAUUCUCCUUGGUGCCGAUGGUAUCCAUAGCACAAUACGGAAACUUAUGGCAGACAAAGUCGCCAUCACGGAUCCCACUGCAUCACAAGAAAUGCAAGCUGGUUUCACAAGCACCUAUCAUUGUAUUUUUGCAACGUCCAAAAACGCUAGAGUAUCCGAUGGCACGCAGUUCCUGCCAAGUGGGGGCGUGCAUAACGUCUAUUACCCAGGCUUCUCUGGCGUCGUCGCGAUAGGCGUCCCCGGCUUUGCCUAUUGGUUCAUGUUUGUGAAGAGUGAAAAACAAACAAGAAUGCCCGAGAUACCCAAGUUUACGGAAGAAGAGACUGAGGCCACCAUUGCUAAAUAUGGGGGCUAUGCGCUGGGCCCAGGCUACACGUUCAAAGAUUUAUGGGAUAGUAGGGUCAAAGCGAAUAUGCUAUCCCUCGAAGAUGGAGUUCUGAAGUCGAAGUGGAAUACGGGUGGUCGCGUGGCUUUAAUGGGCGACUCAGUACAUAAAUCGACCAUAAACGUUGGUCUUGGCGGCAAUUUGGCUGUCGAGGGCGUUGUUCAUCUUGUAAAUGGACUGGUGCCCUUGGUAAGACAAUGCGAUGAAAGCGGAAGAAAGCCAACCAAAACUGAAAUCACGGCUGUAUUGGAUGCCUACGAAGAGAAGCAGCGGCCACAUGCAAAGACAAUUGUCACAAUGUCCAGAUAUGUUACCCGCUAUGAGGCAAUGGAGACGUGGUGGCUGAGGCUCUUGCGCCGGGUAUCUCCAUGGGUCAGUGACAAGACAAAGGCGAAAGCAUUCGUUGGGUAUAUUAAUGAAGCGCCGUGGCUAAACUUCUUGCCAGACCCAUACGAAAAGCAGUAG